AUGGGCAAGAAAACUCCACCGGUGUCGCCCACCAUUUCGAGUGGCGACCAGUCGAGCGCGUCGAGCACCGAAAAGACGCCGACUACGUCCCUGUCGUCUUUGUCGCCCGGUGCUGACAGUGCCAGCAUUCUAGAUCCAGUCAAUGCCAAGGUUGAGAUGGUUGACGACGAGGUCGGCGAAGUGUUUCAUCCGCCCAUUGUCUUGGAGAUCACAGAAGAAGACAAGGACAAUGGGAUGCAUGGGGCCUCGAUUCUGCUCGAGACUGGUCCAUUGACAGGUGACUUGGAAGCCAUUGGCGCACAAUCUUGCCACCAGGUCAUCGAGACGAACACAACAAGUUGGGAGAAGGGCGACAAGGCGACAAGCAAGCAACCCGUCCCCUUUGGCAACCUUAGUGAUGCGAUUCCAAGCAGAACCAAUGUUGCCAUGACUGCGCAGCAACCUGUCUCGCCUCCUGUGAUCGGCCAAAUUAUAAGGACGUCCUCGGUCUCGCCCGACACCAAGCUGUGGAAAACGCCACGGGGAUACAAGCGUUAUCGAUCGACAGACACUGACGAGUGUUGCUGCGAAGACGAAGAGGGAAAGAGAGACAGUGUCGACGAUGAUGACGACGGCUCAGCAGAAGAGGCUUCGGUCUCGUCCAAGACAGCGAGGCGCAAGAAUGGAAAAGAAAAGCUCGUCGAUUGCCCUGACCAGGACGAAAACUCUGCAAAAGCUGCAUUGAACCGGCAUCUACAGCAAUCGAUGAUGGGCGUCGACCCAAAGUUGCUUGAAAGUGUCUGGUCUGCCAUUCCUUCCGAUGUUGAACGAGGCGUCGGAUCAAUGCUGGCAGCAAUCCAGAGCGAGAACCAGAACGAUGCCGAAUCCGAAUGUGCAGACUCGGACGACUUCAAAGACGUUGCAGAAGAUGAGCUGAGCGACGAUGGGUCUCAAGUCUCCGAAGCUGGGUCUUCGCAAAUUCAAGGUGCAGCCAACGAAGCUGCGCUGCCCCUAUCGAGACGAGUCGCCCCCAUGCGUGGCUUUGAAGGAGAGCAUAUGUGGAUCACAACGCUGCCUCGCGGCCUUCCCGUACCACUCUGCAGGCCUGGUCUAGGCCUGUUUCCAGACUGGCUUCAUCCAGCCUUUCACGUUGCCUCCGCGGAUGGGCAGCCUCGUCCCUCACCCAAGCUCCUCGAGAUGUUUAUCGAACGGUAUCUCGGCUCCUUUGACAAUUUUUCCUCGUUUCAAGAAUUUGACGAGGGGCUGCAAGAUCUGCUGCCCACGGUCUGGGAGGAGAUCAAUGGGCAGAUUGUGCGAUACGCAGCCGCCGUCGGAAUUGCGGACGCCAUCAGAGCUCUCGAGGACGAAAGGGCAGAUUAUGCCAUCUGGGGUACGGCACGCUUUGCCGUGCUGGAAGCGACCGUGUGGGAUAGCGAAUCGUCGGAAGGCGGCAGGCCAAUGGAGCCCCACGAACUCACAGAGAGGGACAGGCGCGAGUGGGAGAAUCGGCUUGCGCUGUGUAAGAGCAGACAAGAGGCAAUUGAUGUGACAGAGGCGGUCUUUGGACCACUGAGGUCCGUCCCAUUCCACCACCGUCCGAGGAUCAGACUGAGCAGCCUCUGGAAGCGGUUCUGCGAGUGCCGCAUUUGCAGGAGAAGCCGCAAGCGCGCUAAGCUCAGCUUGGGAGAGAGUGAAGACAACUAG